GCCUCCCGGAAGUUGCCGGCCCGGAGCAGAACGCCGGCUUCCUCGCGGUCCCCGGCUGCGUUGCGAGUUGGUGUCGGGGCUAGUGCACCCAGCCGGGAGAGAGCGUCCGGGCCAGGGCUUGAGGAGCACAUUCACGCGCGCAGCGCGGACUGAGACCUGGCGACGAUGGCGGGGCCGCAGCCCCUGGCUCUGCAGCUGGAACAGUUGUUGAACCCACGACCGCGCGAGGCGGAUCCCGAGGCCGACCCGGAGGAGGCCACUGCUGCCAGAGUGAUUGACAGAUUUGAUGAAGGGGAAGAUGGGGAAGGUGAUUUCCUGGCAGUGGGUAGCAUUAGAAAAUUGGCUUCAGCUUCCCUCUUGGACACAGAUAAAAGGUAUUCUGGCAAGACCACCUCUAGAAAAGCUUGGAAGGCAGACCAUUGGGAGCAGACUCUGCCAGGUUCAUCUGAGAAGGAAAUAUCUGACGAGGAAGAGUCUGGAGAUGGAGAUUCAGAGGGCCUGUGUCCGGAGGAAUCUGACGAGGAUGACCUGAGUGCUGCUGAGGAACAGGAGAGUGGUGACGAUGGUGAGAGCAGUCUGGCCUGGAGGAAGAAGAGCAGAAGCUGCUCUGCGAAAACACAAGGCUUCAGUGUCCAGAGUAUUAGUGACUUUGAGAAAUUUACUGAGGGAAUGGAUGACCUUGGGAGCAGUGAGGAGGAAGAAGACGAAGAGGAGGAGAGUGGCAUGGAAGAAGGGGACAGUGAGGAAGACUUGGAAGGUGAGAGUGAGGAAGACAGAGCUGGUGGAGACAAGAGCAGUGAAGACGAUGGUGUAGUAAUGACCUUCUCCAGUGUCAAGGUUUCUGAGGAAGUGGAGAAAGGAAGAGCUGUGAAGAACCAGAUAGCACUGUGGGACCAGCUCUUGGAAGGAAGGAUCAAACUACAAAAAGCUCUGUUGACCACCAACCAACUUCCUCAACCAGAUGUUUUCCCAGUUUUCAAGGACAGAGGUGGCCCAGAAUUUGCCAGUGCCCUAAAAAAUAGUCACAAGGCACUUAAAGCAUUGUUGAGGUCAUUGGUAGAUCUUCAGGAAGAGUUGCUUUUCCAGUAUCCAGACACUAGAUAUCUAGUAGAUGGGACAAAGCUGCCCAAAGCAGGAAGUGAAGAGAUUUCUAGUGAGGAUGAUGAGCCAGUAGAAGAGAAGCAGCGGCAGAGAAGGGUCCUGCGAAAGAGGAAGCUGGAGAUGGAUGAAUACCCGAGCUUCAUGGCAAAGCGUUUUGCUGACUUUACAGCCUACAGGAACCGCACACUUCAGAAGUGGCAUGAUAAAACCAAGCUGGCUUCUGGGAAACUGGGGAAGGGUUUUGGUGCCUUUGAACGCUCAAUCUUGACUCAGAUUGAUCAUAUUCUAAUGGACAAAGAAAGAUUACUUCGAAGGACACAGACCAAACGCUCUAUCUACCGAGUUCUUGGCAAACCUGAACCAGCAGCCCAGCCUGUCCCAGAAAGCUUGCCAGGAGAACCGGAGGUCCUUCCUCAAGCCCCUGCCAAUGCUCAUCUGAAGGACUUGGAUGAAGAAAUCUUUGAUGAUGAUGACUUUUACCACCAGAAGAGUAGAGAACUCUGUUUUGUUCUGGAGUGUCUAAGGAAGUACCUGAUGUGGGAUAUUAAUGCUGUAUAAUUGUGUGAGAUCAUGGGAGACAAUCAAAAAUGUUCCAGUCCUCAUUAACUGAAGUGUACAUUGUUCGAUGGAAAGUGUAUCAUAAAUUAAAUAUGCUUAAUAAAAUAAACUGAAAUUACUGGGAAGAAGUUAUUUCUAUUGGCAAUCCUUAGUCUGAAAGAUUUUUUUUUUUCUUUUUUUUGCCUGGAGCUCUGUUUAAAAAGAAAUAGCCAUACUUGAUUGGCCCUUCAUCCCAAUUAAUAAUUUUAACUUCGAUAAAUUCUGAUUUCAGAGUUAUGACUAGUCACAUCUUAGCUUUUCCCCUUGCUGGUUAAUUGGGGUGCUGGGGUUAAUCUAAAUUAAAACUUAAACUAAUAGAGGUCAGCAAGGCAGCUGAAACACCUGAGUGAAACAAAUGGGGCUGCCAGGCGCAACUUUAUUUUGGCUGUUUCCCAAGAGGGAAGUGGCAGCAAAUUGGAGUUGUUUCAGCCUUCUGUAAAGGUGAAUGAUGGGUGACACUUGUUAAUGUACAGCAUCUCCGGAAGCAUUCCAGAUUGCUUUGCUGCUGUACCAACUGCUGCCAUCCAUGCACAGUCAGUAGGAACUGGACCAGUUGCCAACAUCUGGCAGCACAGCAAGGAAUGGGUGCAAGUCCUGAAACCCCGCAGAUUCUAAAUAUGGUGCUUAGAACUGUGCAGGCUUUAAUCAUUUACCCCUCUUUGGCAGCAGGCUACGACAGCUUAUCCUAGCCUCGUACAUCACAUCCCGACAUCUGCUGAGCUGCAAGGCAGCUGCACAUUCAUUUUCUUUUCUUGCCUUUUCUCUUUGCUUCCUAUUCCCCUUCUUCUUCCUACUCCCCGCUCCCUUCAGCUUUCCUUCCCCUCCCCAAUAUACUUCUUGGGAGAGAUGAUCUGUAAAGAUUACUGCUUCAUUGUGUGCAAGUAAUUGUGGUGAUGCCAGGCCCUUGACAGACACAAGGUAGCACCUGUUCUGCUGACCUGGUUAAUUUCUUCUGUUGAGUGGGAUUUGCCAGAGAUUGGAGCUGAAGCCAAUUCAAUGAUAAGGCUAAAGAAAAUGGCUGUAUGUUUUCUGUCACCUCCCAAUUAAAUUGGCUUCAUAAAGUGCUUUCCUUUAUUUGUCAGGGUAGUAAGCCUGAGCUAAGUGUUGCAUUCAGAAGUGGUACAAUGUAUUACAAUGGGCCUGUGAGUUUUCAUUUAUGUUUUUUUUUUCCUUUUUAAUGUGGUCGUAUGGAAGAGCUGGGUGGUGAAUAUAAUAGAUUCCCCCCUCCACCUUUUUUUAAAACCAUACUUGAAGCCAGACUCUUUGGGUCCCAUGUUUUGUAAGGAAGAGAUUAUAGCCACAUUGAAUUUUAAUGUUUGAUUGUAAGGGUUUAAAGGCUUACUUGGUUAAUUCAGGUGUCUCCAGGCUGUGUAAAUGCCCUAAAUACUGGGAAUGAUAUGUGGGGUCAGAACACUACCCCCCACACACAUACACUAAUUCUCACUCUCAUUCUUUGUUUCUUAAUGUGUCUUAAGUUACUAUAACUUUGUGUUAUUUAAUAAAGGUACAUGUAUGUAUGUAUGUAUAUGUAUGUGUGUGUAUACAUACAUAUGUAUGGGGACAUUGAAGACUCUAUCAGAUAUCAUAAAUAAUUUCAUCAUUUUUAGAGCAGAAAAGAACCUUAUGAGAAAUUAAGUACCUCAGAAGUUAGGUAAUUUCAUGAAAGUCAUAUGGUAAAUGGCACCACUGAUAUUUGAUCUCAAGACCUCUUAGACAAAGCCUUGUUCUUUCCAUACCUUUAUUUCUUAAAUAUUUCAUUUUUGAGCCAUAAAAAGAUUUCACUAUACAGUUUUCAGUUUGUAAAUAAAUAAGCUUCAUUUUCUUAGAACCAAAAUAAAUAUUAUGUGUUAAAAAGUAAUAUUUUUUCCUUAGAAGGCAAAUGAUUUAUUGAACUCCUGUUACUUAACAAUUCUAAUGAAAAAAUUAACUUUAUAGUUUUGUUACUGGUUUGUUUGGAAACUGAAAUUGAUGAAAGCUUGAAGUAUAGACAGUGGUGGAGGUUUUAUGCUACAGAAAAGCAUUGCAGGGUUUUACUUCCAAAUGGAAUUAGUUUGCAUUUGGCCUAUAUCUUGUCAAAGCUCAUUCAUUCCUAAAGACAAUUUUCACAAAACAUGAAGGUUGUACAUGACCAUGAAGGAUGAGCCAUUUAAAAAUGUUUUCAGUAUCUGUUUUUCAUUUUCAUGAUCCUAUCUGCUACUUUAUAACAUUAAGUUCUUUUAAGAUGUGUUGUCUGUAUUACCAUUUAAGGUUUUUCUUUUGUUUUGCUUUUUUAAGCCAUCAGUUGAUCUUUGACUUAAUAAGCUUUCGUUCUUAAAGAACUGGGGAAGGACCAACAUUUGCUGGAUGCGAGUAAACGUGCCAGCUCCUGGACUAAGUUGAUAGGUGCUUGACAUACAUCUGUAUUUAAUCCUCACAAGAUCCUCACAAGUGAUGUGACUGCACUUAGCAAUAGGCUAUAUAAAGUGACUGGUUUUAUUCUUUUCAUAUCCCAGACCUCAAACUAGUUUCUUGUCACUUCAUGGAAUAUAUUGUUCUGAAAGGACUAAUUGAGCUUAGAUGUUGACGGAUCAAUACCUGGAUUUCUAAAGGUUUAUUAGGAUUUUGUAUGUUGCUUCUAGUUCUGUUUAGUUUUGAUCUGGUUUGUUCUGUCACUUUGAAUCUAGCCAGGAGUGUAUAGAGAAAGGCGUAAUAGGUUUUGCUCUUUUGAUGACCACUUUGAUGGGUUAAAUUUCUCCUUUCAUUUGCCAUCAGGACAUGUCUAUAACUGACCUUGCCACAUGCUGGACUUUUGUAUCUAAGACAGUUGAUAAUGCCAUAAGCAAGUAAUUACUAAUUCAGUGAACUAUUAAAAGUUGAUAAUGUUGAGAAAUAGAGAAGAGGCAAGCUAUCUGACAAGAUGGUUUACUUUAAUUAAGUUGUUGAGUGAUUAAUAUGGACGGUUGAUGUGGUGGCUUUAAUCAUAUACAUUUAGAUCUUAGUGUAAAUAAGAAGGGAUGCCUCAAGCUACCCUAUGUUAAUGGCAAUACAAUAUUCUUUCUGUUGGCAUAUAUCUUUCCAGUGGUUCAGUUGAUGGUUAAUAACAUGUUUUAAAGUUUGAUUUGAACUUACUGUUAUUAACGAGUUAUUGGAAAAUAGAUGUCUUCUGUUCAGUGUAGUAUUUUGUUCUUAGUUUUGCUUUCAAAUUGUUGCUGUUAUUUGAGAUCUGGAUAGUGUUUCUUAAAAGGUUGAUGAAACUUAAUACACAUAGACCUUUAUGGUGACUUUAGAGAGAACAUAUGUACGAAGUGCAUAAACUUUAAAAUUGAAAUUAUGAUUGAAGCUAUUGCCUGAAAUACUCAGUUCAUUUUGGGGGGGUCAUAGUAAUGGUGUUUAAAAAAAACCCAAACCAAAUGUCCAAUUAAAUUCCAGUUUUAAUAACUACAAGAUUAUUUUGUGUACCAUGUGUAAAGAUUUUAUUUGAGCUACAUGGUGGUUUCUCUGCUGCCUUCUUAAGACACUUUUUGUUGGCAGUGCUACAGUUAUAUACUUGUCAGUGUUUAGACCCAAACAUGGCAUCAGUAUUGGCAUUUGAUUGCUAGCUUGGGCUCACAAUUGUGGAGGCUACACAGAACAGGAGGCCAAACGCCACAUUUUAUAAUAAAUACAAGCUCCAGACAUUUUUAUCAAACAAUAGCGUCAGGCUAAGGCGCACAUGAUGGACCCUAAAUUCUUGGGUUUCCUUGCUUUAAAUAUCAUUGGAACAUGAUGUUAGUACUACUACUUGAUUUAACAAAAGGUAAAACCUCAGCACAAAGCCUCAAAACAGUACCUUAUGUGGGGCUAUCUAGGAAAGAGAAAAAAAUUGGCUUAGAACCAUUGAAGAAACUUUCAGACACAAGUGGUACCCUGAGAGUUUAUUAGGCAAACGUGGCCAUAAUUGCCUCUUUUUUUUGUACUAAUAAGCCCAGUGUCAGCUGUCUGAGUGUUAAUUCAACAUAGGAUUCCAGCAGUAUUUCAGUAGCCCCAAGUGAAGAAUUUUGCACUCCUCAAGAAAUGGGGAGCACUACCUCUUCACUAAAGUAGGCGUGAUGUCUUGAUAUUAGAUCAUAUUUAAUGUAUUGUCCCUUUAAAGUAAUUUAUAGGGAAAAUGAUUUAGCAAGGGAAGGCGAAGUUAAUAGGCAUCUUCAAAAAUGUGUGUGCAUUGUGGAUCUAGAAUAGAACAUAACUGUUUUAGAGUUGGAUAAUAUCUUUGGCACCAUCAAGUCCAAACUGUCUUUUCACAAGUGAGGAAAUUGGAGCCUAGAGGAAGUACAUGACUGGUAUAAGAUCACCCCACUUAGCGAGUUAGGACAUUGAAACUCAAGUAUUCUUGCUUCCAGUUUGAUUUUCUUUCUAGCAUAUUAUACUUACUGCCUUUUGAUUGGUCAAGUUUGAAAAUCCAUUUGAGAAUUUCCUUUUCAAAUCUAUAUCUGUUUAGGGAAUUUUGGAGAUCUAGUGCCUAUAUCUAUUUAUGCUCUGACAAUUCAUAUGUAUCACUUUCAUGCAAU